GCCUUUUGUUCCUCCCAAAAUCUUGAUCCCCGUCUCCUCCGCGUGACAUGAGAAGAAGACCAGAGGAGGGAUCCGUUUGCAUUUUCAAGAAGAGAGAGGUAGAGAGGAGGCGGAGGAGAUGGCAGGAGGGGCGGGGGAUCCGGCUUCGAGGCUGGCGAUGGACGUGGAGCGGUCGUCGCUGUGCAACUGCGUGGUGAACUUCCUGCUUCAGGAGAACUACCUGCUCACCGCCUUCGAGCUCCUCCACGAGCUGCUCGAGGACGGCCGCCACAACCAGGCCAUCCGCCUCCGCGACUACUUCGCCGACUCCACGCUCUUCCCCCCCGACCAGAUCUCUCGAUUGAACUCCCUUAGAGUUGCCGAGCCACAAAGUUUGCUAGAGGAGAAAGUAGCAGUAGAAGAAAAGUUGGCAAUCACUGAAUAUGAGCUGCGUUUAGCCCGAGAAGACUUGUCAAGACUGAAGGAGGAAUUACAAAAGCAAAAACAAUCCUGCCCUGAUGAACUUAAUGGUUCCAGUUCAGGUGUGUCUGUAGCUAAUGGCCCUACAUAUCAACAUAACAAGAGGGAGAUCUCUUAUGUCUCUUUAGGCCCUUUAAAGGACACCGAACGCAAAGAUAUAAAUUGCGCUGUGAAGGAGUACUUGCUCUUUGCCGGGUACCGCCUUACAGCUAUGACAUUUCUUGAGGAGGUCACUGAUCAAAAUCUAGAUGUGUGGCCACAAAGUUCUGCUUGUGUUUCUGAUGCUCUGCGUCGAUAUUAUUAUCAAUAUCUUUCAUCCACUUCAGAGGCUGCUGAGGAGAAGAUUUCCCUCCUUCGAGAAAAUGAAGUUUUGAUGAAAGAAAAUCAAAGACUUCAUGAUGAGCUAGAGUCCAUGCAUAGAAACAAGGAAUUGACUGAUAAUCAGAUAGUAGUUCUAAAUAAAAACUUGGAAGGUGCACACAAAGAUUUGAAAGAUAGAGACAUUCUGGUACUUGAUCUUAAACAGUCCAUGGAUCUUCAGAGACAGCAACUUAAUGACUACAGAGCUGAAAUCACUGCACUGAAGAUGCACAUAGAAGGAGCUCGAGCUAGUAGAGGAUGGGCAACCGGAGAAGGGGAAAACAAAAAGCCUCCUUAUACUGAAAAAUCUAAGGAAGAAAAGAAAUCAUCAUAUAAUGAACUAGAAGAAUUUAAGGGUGUUGAUUCUUCAACAAGAAAUCCAGAAUCUGUUAAAUCUCUUAGUGAGGAUGUGCAGAUGGAGGAAAAAGUUGUUGAGAUCAAUGAAUUGGCUGUUAUAUCUAAAUCUGUUGAAUCAUUAUCUACCAAUUCAGAUGGAAAUGAUGGUUACCAGACAUUUGAAGAUGUUAGAUCUAAGGCUAAUGAUGUUGUUUCUGAUUCAACAAUUGUUUCUUGUAAUGGUGCUGUUGAAUACCAAGAGAAUGUUCAUAACCUCAUUUCUGAAUCACAAUCCGAUGAUAAAGGAUUAGACCAAAAUUCAGUGACUCUCAAGAAGGCAAUGGAGACCAUCCAAAUACUUUCAGAUGCAUUACCUAAGAUUGUUCCCUAUGUUUUGAUCAACCAUCGUGAGGAGCUUCUUCCAUUGAUUAUGUGUGCGAUUGAGCGCCAUCCAGAUGGUACAAUUAGAGAUUCCUUAACACACACAUUAUUUAAUCUUAUAAAACGGCCAGAUGAACAUCAAAGGCGCAUCAUUAUGGAUGCCUGUGUUACCCUCGCAAAAAACGUAGGAGACAUGAGAACUGAAACAGAGUUGCUUCCUCAGUGUUGGGAACAGAUUAAUCAUAAAUAUGAGGAGCGUAGGCUACUAGUUGCUCAGUCAUGCGGAGAGCUUGCAGAAUUUGUUCGACCGGAGAUUCGUGAUUCUCUGAUUCUAUCCAUCAUUCAACAAUUAAUUGAGGAUUCUGCCACAGUUGUCCGAGAAGCUGCUGCUCAUAACCUGGCGCUGCUGCUUCCGCUCUUCCCAAAUUUGGACAAAUAUUUUAAGGUUGAAGAGCUCAUGUUCCUGUUGGUAUGUGAUCCUUCAGGAAUGGUUGUUGAUACCACAAUCAAAGAACUUGUUCCUGCAGUGAUAAAUUGGGGUGGCAAACUGGACCAUGUUUUACGAGUCAUACUCUCCCACAUAUUAGGUUCUGCUCAGCGGUGUCCACCUCUAUCAGGGGUUGAAGGUUCUGUAGAUUCUCACUUGCGUGUUCUAGGAGAACAAGAACGCUGGAAUAUUGAUGUGCUACUUCGGAUGUUGACAGAGUUGCUGCCAUUUGUCCAGCGUAAAGCUAUUGAAACAUGCCCUUUUAAUAUAGCAGAACCUCUUGCUGUAUCAGAACAACAAAAUUCUUUCUUCUCAACCUCUUUGCUUCAGUUAUAUGCAGGGAACCAUACAAUUUGGCCUAUGUUUGAUUGGAUGCAUGUGGAUUGCCUUCCAGACUUGAUUCAGCUAUCUUGUCUCUUAUCUUACAAGGAAGACAAUUUAAGAACUCGAAUAAUAAAGUACCUUCUGGAUGUACCUAAAUUAUUUGGGGAACAAUAUCUUUCACAUAUAGUGCUUCCUGUUUUCUUGAUAGCUGUUGGCGAUAGUGAUGCUGCAGAUUUGACAUAUUUUCCUUCAACCAUGAAGUCCAGAAUCAAAGGAUUGCAGCCUAAAACCCCUGUGGCAGAGAGACUUUCUCUCAUGUGCAUUCUUCCUUUGUUGUUGUCUGGUAUUUUAGGGGCUCCAACCAGCCAUGAAAAAUUGCCAGAUUACUUGAGAAAACUGCUAGUGCAAAAUAAUAGCAAAGAAGAUUCAUGGUUUGUUCAUUACAAUGCUGAGGUGAUUGAUGCAGUUCGCUUUCUUUGCAUAUUUGAGGAACAUCAUGGAGUCAUUUUUAAUAUCCUAUGGGAGAUGGUAGCUAGCACCAAUGUGAAUAUGAAGACGAAUGCAGCAGUUCUCUUGAAAGUCCUUGUACCAUAUAUUGAUGUGAAAGUGGCUUCUACACAUGUUUUGCCUGCUCUUGUCACUCUUGGUUCUGAUCCAAAUUUGAAUGUAAAAUAUGCAAGCAUAGAAGCAUUUGGAGCUGUUGCACAGCAUUUCAAAAAUGAUGUGAUAGUUGACAAGAUACGCAUACAAAUGGAUGCUUUUCUUGAAGAUGGAUCGCAUGAAGCUACUCUUACUGUUGUUCGGGCACUACUUGUGGCUGUACCACAUACGACAGACAGGCUACGUGAAUAUCUGUUGUCAAAAAUUUUCCAACUUACUUGCGUGCAAUCUCAUGGAAACGAUAUCACACGUCGCCAUGAGAAAGCAAAUGUAUUUUGUGAAGCAAUUCGUGCUCUGGAUGCCACAGAUCUUUCUGCUACCAGUAUCCGUGAUUACCUUGUACCCACCAUCCAAAACCUUUUGAAAGACCCGGAUGCUCUGGAUCCUGCACACAAGGAAGCACUGGAAAUUAUACUGAAAGAGAGGUCAGGUGGAGCAUUUGAAAGCAUCAGCAAGGUUAUGGGGGCUCAUCUUGGGCUUGCAUCUUCGGUUAGCAGCUUCUUUGGUGAGAGUGGCCUUCUAGGGAAGAAAGAGGUUGGCGACUUACACGAACCGGCUGCUCCACCACAACAGCCGAGUCCACCGGCUCUGCAAGACGAUACAAGGUUCCGGAGAAUAAUGAAGGGCGGUUUCAGUGAGAUGUUAAGGGGCAAAGUUAAUAAGGGCCACGAGGAGCCUCCGAGACAGUCGGGCUAGGAGCUUUCGUCCUGUGUUCCUCAGAGUCAAUCGAUGCACUUUCCUUUGAUACUUAGAGUCAAAGGUGAUAGAAUUCUUCUAGAGCCAUGAAAUCCGUACUAUGAUUUAUAGACCACAGAUGUUAUCUUUGUAUAAGCACAUGGUUCUUGUAAUCCCAGUUGUGGUUGUUAAUAGUGCAUCCGUUAUUAGAGAUUUGCUCUAUUCUGUAAUUACUGCUCUCUUUGACUUGUAAUAUGUGGCAAUUUUAAUUUUACUAGUCAAGGUUAUUUGUUGUAAUGUAAUGAACUCAGCUGAUGAAAUUACCU